AGCUAUUUGGCAUCAUUGAGGUACCGGAGAAGAAAGAAAGAAAAUUAGUCUAGUCAACCGCCCACCGCAGUAGACUGGGGGUGAUGUUCCACCAUUCUGGAUUUACAACCAUUUCAAGGAUAUUUGUGCACAGAGAAGACAUUUUUGGUGGGACUUCUAUACACUGAUACUGGAGUAAUUUUAGGCUAUCCGGAAAUCUUGACGGCCAACUGACGUUUUAGCCCACAUGAUUCAGCGCCUGUUUUACCUGUGUGGCUGAAGACUCAAGGAGAAAAAAUAACAAACAAUGGAUCAAAACUUGUUCGGUGGAGUCCCCAGGUUUCUUACCCGCCCAAAGGCAUUCUCAGUGUGUGCAGGCAAGGAUGCCACACUCAGCUGCACUAUUGUGGGCAGCCCAACUCCACUGAUCACCUGGGAAAAGGAUAAACUUAAGCUGAAAUCUGGGGGACGAUUCAAGACCGUGGAGGAUGGAAAUGUGUACCGCCUAACCAUCUAUGAAUUAACACUGGAGGACAGUGGCCAAUUCAUGUGCCGGGCCAAAAACAGCAUUGGGGAAGCCUAUGCUGCUGUUACCCUCAAAGUGGCCCUGCCCUCAGAGAUGGCUCAGAGGGCCCCUGUUUUCAUAGUUAAGCCCACCUCUACACGUGUAGGUUUGGGAGGUGAUGUUGUUUUCCACUGCCGGGUUGCAGCUUACCCCGAGGCCAACUUUGAUUGGGAGAAAGAUGGGCGCUACAUGGGGGAGACUAACCGUAUCAAGAUUGUUUCCGACAGUGACAGCAGCACCUUAAAGAUACAAAGUGUGCGGAACCUUGACAGCGGUACCUACACGUGCAGGGCCCAGAACACCGUUGGCCGUUCUCACGCUGCAGCAGCUCUUGUUGUAGAGGCCCAGGAUUCCCACCACUUGGCUGCAGACAAGAACACCUCCCUCCUUUCUCACCUACAAAAGCGCAAGGAGGAAAUGAAGAAGGACAUUUCUAUCUAUCGCACUGAAGAAAGCAGAUCCUCUCUUUCUUCCUCCUCCACAACCAACAUUACAGAUGGUUUGAAUUCCCAGAGUCUGGAAUAUGAGCUGAGGGCAUCUGCGCUGGCAAAGCUGCCCAAAGGUGUGUUUACCCGUACCUGCACAGUGACUGAAGGCAAACAUGCCAAACUUAGCUGCUUUGUGACAGGUCACCCUAAGCCCCACAUUAUCUGGAGGAAGGAUGGAACAAACAUCAGCGAGGGCCGCAGGCAUGUCAUUUAUGAGGACCAAGCUGAAAACUUCAUCCUUAAGAUCCUGUAUUGCAAGCAGAGUGAUAAUGGUCUCUACACCUGCAAUGCAACCAAUAUGGCUGGGCAGACCUACAGUGCUGUUUUGGUAACGGUCAAAGAGCCUAAGGUGCCAUUCAGAAGGAAGCUGCAGGAUGUGGAGGUACAAGAGAAAACAUCAGCCACCCUGAUGUGUGAGGUUCCUGUUAGUUCCACCCUGGCCAACUGGUUCAUGGAGGAAACACGGCUGGAGCAAAACACCAAAUAUUACAUGGAACAGGAAGGCACCCUGCGUCGUCUCACCAUACAUAAUGUCACAACCAACGACGAUGGUGUCUAUAUCUGCGAGAUGAAAGAGGGCAGUCGCACUGUGGCUGAGCUUACUGUCCUAGGCAACAUUACUAAGAAGCUUCCCCGGAGGACAGUAGUUCCUGUCAGUGACACUGUCAUCUUCUGUGUGGAGCUGGAGCAUCCCUUCCCGGAUGUUUACUGGACCCGCAAUGGCGAGAAGCUGAAGGAAGAUUCCCGUAUUUCGAUUGGCUGCGUGCUCAGACAGUACACACUCACAAUUAGAGAUUGCCAGACAGAUGACUCAGGAGAAGUGGCCUUUGUGGCUGGAGACUGCAAGACUUCCACUCGAUUCUCUGUCACUGCCGCAAGGAAGCAUCCUCCCGAUCCCCCAGUCGAUGCUGUGGUGAAGAACAAGACUGACUCAUCCAUCACCAUUCAGUGGUCCCCUCCUGACAGCGACCGCCCUGUGCCCAUCCAGGGCUACAUUGUGGAGAGAAGGAAGAUUGGCACUCAGACUUGGCAGAGGUGCAAUGCUGAAGUAACCAUAGUUUCAACAGAGAUCACUGUCUGCAGCUUCACAGAAGAAUCCACAUACCAGUUCCGUAUCUCUGCUAUGAAUGCCUUUGGCCAGAGUCCCUACCUAGAGGUGCCUGGAAGCUACUACCUCGAACCCAGAGCUGAAAUCAGGAAAGGCCUAAUGAACAGUGCUGCAAUCGCUGGUGAGGAGUUCUCUAUCUCCGUGGAGCUGUCUGCUGUUUGUUCUGGCUUCUGGUCUCUAAACGGCCACCUUCUGCGCAGUGGAGCCGACUACCUCAUCACCAGAUCCAAGAGCACACACACUCUGCUCAUUCGUGUAGUGACCAUGGAAAUGAACGGAGCUGAGGUCAAGUUUGUGGGUGGAGGCUCGCAAAGUAGUUGCAUUCUCUCUGUCAAGGCUCCUUCUGUUAGGUUCACCAACAAAUCAGAUCUGCCUGAGGUGGUGAUCUGCAGUGCCCAAGCCACUGCUCAGCUGACUGCUGAGGUGUCUGAUUACAAUGCACAGGUGGUGUGGAUGAGGAGUGGGCGGGAGGUGAAAAUAGGAAAGAAGUAUGAACAUAUGAUCAUUGACCGCAAGAGGAUCCUUAUUGUACACAAUGUUACAGAGGAAGAUGUGGGCAUCUACGAGUGUGUUUUAGGUGAUGACAGAAUGUCCCUGCAACUCACUCUUAAAGAUGAACCUGCCAAGUUUCUAAACAAAGCCAGAGGUACCAUGGGAAUGUCAUCUUCCCUUAAAGGAGAUCUUGAGCUGAGCUGUGAAGUAUCUCCUGCCAGCGCAGUCGUUGUGUGGAGAAGAGAUCAAGUGGAGAUCACUUCGGAUGAAAGAACUGCCUUCAUCUCCAAAGGGACUCAAAGGAAACUCAUCAUCAAGAAUGCCAAGAAAAGUGACGAAGGACAUUAUUCCUGUGAGACAGCAGCAGACAAAGUCACAUUUCAGGUCAAGAUAAAAGAAACUCAGGCCGUUGCUGCCUUCUCCAAUAAGGAGUCAGUCCAGAAGGAGGUGAAAGCUACUCUCUCCCAGAAAGCCAUUCUUAGUUGCAAUGUUUCAGAUAGCAAGACAGAGGUGAAAUGGUACAAAGAUGGAAAGUUGUUGAUAUCCAGUAGGACAACAUACUCAGAAGUAAAAGACAAUACUCGUCAGCUGGUGAUUGAAAGAGUGGAGAAGAGCGAUGCUGGAGAGUAUACAUGCGAAGCCGGAGGGGAUAAGCUGGUCUUCAAGAUAUUUGUGUCAGAGGACCAGUCAGCUUUCUUCAACAAGGAAUCCGUCCAGAGGGAGGUAAAAGCCACUCUCUCCCAGAAGGCCACUCUGAGUUGUGAGGUUACUGAUACAAAGACAGAUGUGAAAUGGUACAAGGAUGGCAAACUGCUGACUCCUAGCAAGACAAUCCAUACUGAGUCCAAAGGCAAGAGUCGUCAGCUGGUGAUAGAAAGCUUAGAGAAAAAGGAUGCUGGAGAAUACAUCUGUGAGGCUGGGAAUGAGAAGUUGGCUUUCACUAUGCAUGUGGCAGAGGCCCAGUCAGCCUUUUCCAAAAAGGAGUCAGUCCAGAGGGAGGUGAAAGCCACUCUCUCCAAGAAAGCCACUAUGAGCUGUGACGUUUCGGAUUCCAAGACAGAGGUGAAAUGGUACAAGGAUGGCAAGCUACUGACUUCCAGUAAGACAAUACACACAGAGUCUAAGGGUAAAAGUCGCCAGCUGGUGAUAGACAGCGUGGAGAAGAAGGAUGUUGGAGAAUACAUCUGUGAGGCUGGGACUGAGAAGCUGGUCUUCAAACUCCAAGUGGCAGACACGCAGGUCCAGUCUGCAGUCUCUAACAAGGUGUCUGUCCAGAAGGAGGUAAAAGCUACUCUCUCCCAGAAAGCCACUCUGAGCUGGGAGAUAUCUGAUACCAAGACAGAGGUGAAAUGGUACAAGGAUGGCAAACUGCUGGGCAUCAGUAAGGCCAUCCAUACAGAGUCAAAGGGCAAGAGUUGUCAGCUGGUGAUCGACAGUGUGGACAAGAAGGAUGCUGGAGAAUACAUAUGUGAGGCUGGAACAGAGAAGCAGGUCUUUAAAAUACUUGUGGAAGAUACUUCUACAGAAGUCCAGGCUAAAUCCGCUUUCCUCAACAAAGAGUCUGUCCAGAGGGAUGUGAAAUCUAUUCUCUCCCAGAAAGCCAUCCUGAGCUGUGAGGUAGUUGACAACAAGACAGAGGUAAAAUGGUACAAGGAUGGCAAACUGCUGAGUCCCAGCAGAGCAGUUCACAUGGAAUCAAAGGGCAAGAUUCGUCAACUGGUGAUUGACAGCGUAGAGAAGAAAGAUGCAGGAGAAUACAUCUGUGAAGUUGGAACUGAAAAACUGGCAUUUAAAGUACAUGUGACAGAGAUCCAACCCAAGUCAGUAUUCUCCAACAUGGAAUCAGUCCAGAAGGAGGUGAAAGCCGCUUUCUCCCAGAAAGCCACUCUGAAUUGUGAGGUAGCUGAUACCAAAACAGUGGUAAAAUGGUACAAAGAUGGCACACUGCUGACUUCCAGUAAGACGAUCCAUGUAGAGUCGAAAGGCAAGAGUCGUCAGCUGGUGAUUGACAGUGUGGAAAAGAAGGAUGCUGGAAAAUACAUCUGUGAGGCUGGGACUGAGACGUUAUCUUUUAUGAUACGUGUGGCAGAAGCCCCAGGUGUCUUUUCUAACAAGGAGUCAGUCCAGAAGGAGGUGAAAGCCAUUCUCUCCCAGAAAGCCACUCUGAGCUGUGAGGUAGCUGAUACCAAAACAGAGGUGAAAUGGUACAAAGAUGGCAAACUGCUGACUUCCAGUAAGACAAUCCAUGUAGAGUCAAAAGGCAAGAGUCGUCAGCUGGUGAUUGACAAUGUGGAAAAGAAGGAUGCUGGAGAAUACAUCUGUGAGGCUGGGACUGAGACGUUAUCUUUUAAGAUGCAUGUGGCAGAAGCCCCAGCUGUCUUCUCUAACAAGGAGUCAGUCCAGAAGGAGGUAAAAGCCAUUCUCUCCCAGAAAGCCACUCUGAGCUGUGAGGUUUCCGAUUCCAAGACAGAGGUGAAAUGGUACAAGGAUGGCAAGCUGCUGACUUUCAGCAAAGCAGUCCACAUGGAGUCAAAAGGCAAAAAUCGUGAGCUGGUGAUAGAAAAAAUGGAGAAAAAAGAUGCUGGAGAAUACACAUGUGAGGCUGGAACCGAAAAGCUGUUAUUUAAGCUGCAGAUGAAAGAGGCAGCUGUCAAGUUCCAGAAUAAACUUGUCAAGGACACAUGCAUUGUUCAAGCAAGUGAAAAAGUUGUUUUGACCACCGAGCUGACUACCGAGAGCGGUAGUGUGAAGUGGUUUAGAGAUGGUGUGGAGCUCAAGGAGGGCAGCAAGUAUGAAAUGAAAAAAGAUGGCCUUUCUCGUACCCUGAUAGUAAAAUCCACCGAAUCCAAAGACAGUGGAACAUACUCCUGUCAAACUGCUGAUGACAAACUGGAGUUCAAUGUUCAAGUUAAAGAUUCGGCUUUGAAGUUUGUUGUCCCUUUGAAACCUACUACAGUGGAGUUGGAAGGUACACUUAGCCUGAUGUGUGAACUAAAUCAAACUUUAGGGGAUGUUGUCUGGCAUCAUGAUGGCCGUGAGAUCAAACCUGGAGGCAGGCACUGUGUCAGGACAGAUGGUGCUAAGCGGGUUCUCACUGUGACGGGAAUGACUAAAGAAGAUGAAGGAGAAUACAGCUGUGAAUGUAGAAAUGACAAGACCUCUGCUAAAAUCACCUCAAAAGCACCCAGACUGGUGAGGCUAACCACCAAACUGAACAAUGUGGCUGCAAUGGAGGGAAAAGACGCCAUUUUCAAGUGCGCUGUCAACCCAGCGGAAGCCUAUGUUAAGUGGUUCCACAACAAUCUACCCGUGACUGCUGGGCCCAAGUAUAAGAUUGAGCAUGGUGGCAGCAGUUACUCACUCACCAUCACUUCUGUCACCCAGAAAGAUGCUGGAGAGAUAAGUGUCGAUGCAGAAGGCAAAAGCUGCAAAGCUACUCUACAAGUGCAGCAUGAACCUGUGACAUUUAAGAAGAAGCUAGAAAACCUGACAGUGGAGGAGCAGAGUGAAGUGAAGCUGGAGGUGGAGCUCAGUAAGCCAUCUGGAGAAGUGAAGUGGAUGAAGAACAGCAUAGUGCUGCAGCCUGUAGGAAACAUGGAGAUUCGGGUAGACGGAGCUAAGCAGGCUCUGAUCUUUAAGAGUGUGACUCAUGCUGACCGGGGCAUCUACUCCUGUGAAUCUCUGGAUGACAAAACCCAGGGCAAACUCAAUGUGGAGAUGAAGAAGAUUCAAGUAGUAAAGGGUCUAACAGAAACCAAGGCACAUGAAACAGAGACGGUAACUCUUGAGGUAGAACUUAGCCAGGCUGAUGUUGAAGGCUCCUGGACCAGGGAUGGGGCCAAGUUAAAGUCAGGGGCGAACUGCCGUAUAACAGCCCUGGGAAAGAAACACGCCUUAACGUUGUCCAAUCUCAAGAGGGAGGAUGCAGGAACUAUUGCCUUCCAAGCAGAAGGAGUGCAUAAUUCUGGCAAACUGAUUGUUACAGAACCUCCUUCUAUGAUCUCCAAGCCAAUUAUGGAUAGCAGUGUUCCUGAGAAGGAGAAGGUUACUUUUGAAUGUGAAGUGUCCAGAACCAAUGCAGAUGUUAAAUGGUUCAAGGAUGAUGUGGAACUGAAACCAGGGAAGAACUUUGGCAUCCAUUCCUUGGGCCGAAAGCGCACUUUGGUCAUCAACAAAUGUACACCUGAAGAUGCAGGCACUUACAUCUGUCGCACUACUGAUGAUAACACCUCUGCUAAACUCACCGUUGUUGCCAGAGAUAUUAAGAUUGUUAAGAAGCUGGAGGAUGUGGAAGUGAUGGAGAAGGAGAGUGCUGCAUUUGUCUGUGAAAUCUCACAUGAUGAAGUGGACUGCCAGUGGUAUAAAGGAAGUAUCAAACUCAAAGUCGGUGACAACAUCAAGAUGAGACAAGAGGGCAGAACCUAUGUACUGCUGUUUAGGUCUGUCACCCCAGAAGAUAUGGGGGAGAUUAAAUUCACAGCUGACAAGGCUUCAUCAACUGCAAAACUUAAAGUGAAAGAACUGCCUGUCAAGUUUGUGAAGAGACUCAGGGAUAAGAUAGCGAUGUAUAAGCAUCGUGGUCAUCUUGAAUGCCAAGUGUCACGUGCCAGUGCAAAUGUGAAGUGGUACAAGAACAAGAUGGAGAUCCAACACGGCAAGAAAUACGAGAUCAAAAGUGAAGAUGUGUACCGAAAACUCACCAUCAACGAUGUGGACUCUGGGGAUGAAGACACCUAUACCUGUGACGGCACUGAUGACAAGACAUCCUGUAAACUACUUGUGGAAGAGCAGUCCAUCAGCAUUGUCCGGGAGCUUAGUUCAGUAGAAGUGACAGAACCCUUUGCAGCUGUUUUUGAAGUUGAAAUCAGUAUGGAACUGGUGAAACCUCCUUUAUGGACUCUAAAUGGAGUUGCCGUGCAGGAAAGUGCUGAUAUUGAAAUGGAAAAAGAGGGCACUAUGCACCGUCUCACUUUCAAAAAGACCAAGGCACCGAUGACCGGACCUGUGCAGUUUACAGCUGGGAAGAGUAAAUCUUUAGCCCAGCUCACAGUCAAAGAGCGUCCACUUGAGAUUGCAGAGCCUAUCAAAGAUGUGAAGGCAAAGGAGAAAAGCUCUGCCAUACUCACCUGCAAAUUCUCUGCCUCACCCAAAGAGGUUAAGUGGUUGAAAGGGCCGGUACCUCUAGCAGCGUCAGACAAGUAUAACAUCAAGCAAGAUGCUACAAGGGCUCAACUUACUAUUCAAAAGUUGACUGAGGAAGACAGUGGAGAGUACCGCUGUCAGUCUGGACCUUCUGAGACCAAAGGGACACUUACUGUUGAAGUGCGUGACAUUAAAAUCAUCAAGCACUUGGCUGACACACAGGUUGAUGAAGACAGCGAUGCAGUGUUCUCAUGUGAGAUUAACUAUGCAGAUGAAGUGGCACAGUGGUUUCUAAAUGACAAGGUGCUCUUCACUAAUGAAGUUAACACCAUUACUCAUGAAGAGAAGGUUCACAAGCUCACACUGAGGAACUUGGCACCUCAGGAUGGGGGGACCAUCACCUUUCAAGUCCGCAAGGUGAAAGAAUCUGUGACACUUAAAGUUAAAGAGAAGCGUGCUGUGUUCCUCAAGUCUCUAGAUGAUGUCAUUGGAGAGGAGAAAGGCAUGAUAACUUUGCCAUGCGAGGCGUCAAAGCCCAGGGUUUCUCCAAUAUGGAGAAAAGAAGGUAAAGUCUUGAAGGCUGGAUCAAAGUAUGAGCUCCUUCACACAGGCAAGUCUUUGGGACUGAUCAUCAAGGACAUCACCAAAGAAGAUGCUGGAGAGUAUAGUUGUGAUCUUGGAACUGAGGUUUCUAAAGCAAAGGUCACUGUAAGAGAGUUAAGCAUUGGAAUUACCAAGUGGCUGAAGCCAGCUGAGGUGAAUGAGGGAGAGACUUGUAGCUUUGAGUGCAUCUUAUCUCGUGAGAGCACCGAUGAGUGUUCCUGGACUCUUAAUGGCCAAACUAUCGCAAAUAAAAGCCGCUUCAAAGCCACCAGUAAAGGACGCAGGUACAUUCUAACCAUUAGUGAUGUCACCCCUGCUGAUGCUGGAGAGGUGGUCUUUAACAUUAAAGAUCUGAGCUCCAAAACGACAUUAACAGUUGAAGGCAAAGCUUCAUCUGUGUCUAAAGGACUACAGAAUGUUAGUGCUGUUCAAGAUGAAGAUGCCGUAUUUACCUGUGAGGUAACACAGGCUAGUUCCACUGUAAGGUGGGCCAAGGAAGGCAAAGCCAUCAAAAAGAGCCACAAGUAUGACAUUAGCCAAGAGGACAAAGUCAUGAAGCUGACCAUCCAUAAUGUCUCUGCUCAAGACUCCGGAGAGUACAGUUGUGAAGUUGUUGGAGGUGCAACCACUAAAGCCAAGCUGGAAAUUAAGGAGCCAAUCCAUCAAUUUACCAAAGCACUUAUUGACAGCCAAGCUGAGGAGAAGAGCACUGUGGCCUUGCUAUGUGAGACUGCACAAACCCCAUCCACUGUGAUAUGGCUUAAAGGUCACACAGAGCUCAAGGCUGGAGGUCGAUAUGAGAUGUCCCAGAAGAAGGGGGUCCUAACCCUCACCAUCAAAGACCUGGAGGAGAAUGACACUGAUAUCUACACUUGUGACGUGGGCACUGCCAAGAGCAUGGCAAAGGUGACAGUCAAUGCCCUGCCUGCCAGUUUUAAAGAGAAGCUCAAGAACCAGGAGAAAAAGCAAGGGGAGACUGUGACACUUUGCUGUAAGUUAUCAAAACCUGUAGACUGCGUUCAGUGGAAGAAAGGCUCUGAAAUUCUCAAAGCUGGAGAGAAGUAUGGGAUGAACCUACAGGAAACCUCUUGUGAGCUUCAGAUUAAGAAUUUGGAGGUUGAAGAUAGUGGAGAGUAUUCUUGCAUGUGCGUGGACCAGAAGACAUCUGCAACUGUGAAAGUCAAUGCAUUACCGCCGACCUACAUACAGAAGCUGAAGAGCCAGGAGGCUGAGGAGGGAGCAAGUGUUACUCUGCAUUGUGAGCUCUCUAAACCUGGAGUUGCUGUAGAGUGGAAGAAGGGAACACAGGCUCUGAAGUCUGGAGAAAAGUACCAGAUGAAGCAGAACGCCUCUGUAAAUGAACUCCUGAUCAACAAAGUGGUGCCAGAAGACAGUGGAGACUACAGCUGUGUAUGUGGAGAUCAGAAGACCACAGGCAGCCUCAACAUUAAGGCCCAACCAGUGACGUUCAAACAGAAGCUGGAGAGCCAGGAGGUUGAGGAGGGAGCAAGUGUUGCUCUGCAUUGUGAGCUCUCUAAACCUGGAGUUCCUGUUGAAUGGAAGAAGGGAACACAGGUCCUGAAGUCUGGAGAAAAGUACCAGAUGAAGCAAAACGCCUCUAUGAAUGAACUCCUGAUCAACAAAGUGGUGCCAGAAGACAGUGGCGACUAUAGUUGUGUGUGUGGAGACCAGAAGACCACAGCCAGCCUCAACGUUAAGGCUCCUCCUUCAGCUACUAAACUGGAAUCUAAGAGGCAGGAAACCAAAGAAACAAUGAAAGACAAGAACCCUGAAGUUCUGUUCAUAGCUGAUAAAGACAAGCACAAGAGGAAAGAGAUAUAUGAGACGGUAGAAGCUAUGAAACUGCCAAGUACUGGACAGACUCCUCAACAGCAGCUCCUUGUACAAGAGAUUCAAAGAGAUUCACGAGAGCUUGAAGUGGGAGCUGAAGUUGAAAACACUGCUGCUGGAGUAGCUGCAAAACACAAUACACAGAGGCAGGGGACCAAAGAGCCAAUAGCAGCAGUGAAGCCACCAGAUGCUCCAGUAGCUGUGACAUUACUAUCUAAGGAUUCCAAAGAAGUGAUGGAAGUUACAGCAGAUAAGUCAACUACAUCAGUAGUGACCUCCAGAGUUGAACCUGAGAAGCAGGAAUCCCAAGUUGAAGCCACACCUGUACUAUUCAAAAAGGAGCUGGAAAGUCAAGAAGCCACUGAAGGAGACAAGGCCACCCUGUCCUGCGAGACAUCCAGCCCUGACUGCAAGGUGACCUGGCUGAAGGGCUCAACUGUGCUCACCCAUGGGGAGAAGUACAGUAUGGAGCAGAGAGAUAUCACUCACAUCCUGGUUAUACACAAGCUGAAUGUGAAGGAUAGUGGAGAAUAUACCUGUGACACAGGGGACAAGAAAAGUACAGCUACCCUGACUGUGAAAGAGCAUGUGCGCUUCAUCCGAGAACUCUGCGAUAUCACUGUGACCACUGGGCAGGAUGCUGUCUUUGAGGUUGAGUUGUCACAUUCAGGCGUGACAAAUGUGGAAUGGUGGCUCGGAGACAACCUCCUCCAGAAUAAUGAUCUAAAUCAAAUGACCAGCCAAGGCAGAGUGCACCGUUUGACCCUGAAGAUGGUGACCACAGAUGAAUCAGGGGAUGUUGCCUUUGUGCUGGGAGAAGAGAAGAGUGUGGCUUGUCUUCUGGUGGAGGAAAAACCCAAAGUUUUAAUACUUGAGAAGCCACACAACACUGUGGCAGUAGAGGGCGAAACUGUCACUCUGGCCUGCACCAUCUCUGACGCCAAAGCCAGAGUCACCUGGAUCAAAAACAAAGCGGCCAUCCAAGCGGGUCCUAAGUAUGAACUGAAGAACAACGGAGCAUUCCAUCAGCUUCGUAUCCACAACCUGGUGCCUGAGGACUCAGGAGCGUACACCUGUGACACAGGAGAUGCACAGUGUGACGUCACCUUGACUGUGAAAGGUGCCCCAGUGUUUUUCCGCAAAGAGCUCAAGAACCUGGACACCAUAGAGGGGGAUGAUGUUACCCUAUGCUGCGAGCUUUCUAAGCCGGGUGUUUGUGUCGAGUGGAGAAAAGGAGGCGUUGUCCUCCAGCCCAGUAAGAAGUGUGAGAUGAGGCAGGAGGGGUGCAUUCAAGAGCUCUGUCUUCGGAACCUGGAGCCGGAGGACAGUGGCUACUAUACCUGUGAUGCAGGAGACCAACUGACCACAGCUUCUUUGGCAGUGCAAGUGAAAGAAGUCUUCAUUGUCUGUGGUCUUAAGACCAUCGACGUCUUUGUUGGGGAAUGGGCAACCUUCUCUUGCCAACUGUCUGGUAGGGCACCUGGCAAGGUGCAGUGGUGGCUGGAUGGGACCUUGCUGGAGAACAGCCCCUUUAGUGAGAAUGGGCUGAGCCACGGCCACAUCCACACACUCACCUUAAAGAACCUGGCCACAGAUGAUUCUGGAACUGUUACGUUCAAAGCUGGCAGUUUAACAUCAACAGCCAAGCUCUUAGUCAAAGAUCCCAUAGUUGAAGUGGUGAGCAAGAUGGAGGACCUUCGGGUGCUUGAAAACCAACCAGCUGAGUUCAUCUGCCAGUACUCUAGGCCAGUCAAGGCUCAAUGGAAGAAAGAUGGGCAGCCAUUGCAGCCUGAUGGCCGAAGGGUGGUAGUGGAGCAGGACUGGAAUGUGGCUCGCUUGUACAUUAGCCGUGUGUCCGCUGAGGACAGGGGCACUUACUCCUGUGAGACAGAGGGGACCUGUGCGGUUGCUUCACUUUAUGUGGAAGGCAAACCGAUUAACAUUGUCCAGGGCUUGGAGAAUGUAGAAACCUUUGAUGGAGGGGAAGCGCUGUUUGAGUGUGCCCUCUCUCGUCCUGAGAGCAAAGAUUGCCACUGGUUCCUCGAUGGAAAACCAGUGAAGGAAUCCCCUAAUGCUGAGAUUGUGACAUUUGAGAGCGGUCGUCGUCAUCUGCUCCUGCUGAAAGAGUUGCGAGUGAAAGACAGUUGCACAGUUACCCUCAAAGCUGGCACAGCAUCCACAUCUGCCCAACUCUCUGUCAAAGGCUGGCAGCUGGAUGUUGUGAAGGGCCUUGAGGACAAGGUGGCUGCAGUGGGAGAGAAGGUUGAGUUUUGUGUUGAGCUCACCGAGCCUGUCCCUUCAGCAGAAGUAGCCUGGUAUGCUAAUGGAGUUGAGAUUAAGUCCAGUGACCUCUGGGCUAUGAGGGCUGAUGGCUGUUCUUAUCGCCUUGUCCUGAGACAGGCACCUCUUUUGCCUCAGCAAGAAAUUACAUUUGCUGCUAGAGAUGCUCUCUCUUUGGCCAAGCUCACGAUCAUCACUGUACCUGAUCCUCCCGAGGACCCAGAGGUCCUCAGUAAGACAGACAAGUCUGUCACCCUCUCUUGGUUCACUCCUCUACAUGAUGGAGGGAGUCCCAUUCUGGGCUACAGGGUGGAGAUGCGGCUGGUAGACAGUGCGCUCUAUCUUCCAUGUCAUUCUGAACCUGUGUGCAACACAGAGUUUGUGGUUGAAAAUCUUAUCCCAGGGAGUGGUUACAGGUUUAGAGUGGCAGCCCUCAACAAAGCUGGGAUUGGAGAGCCUGUUGAGUUGCCCCAGACUGUGCAGCUUGGUAAAAAGGCAAAACAGGUUGAGACUGAGAUGAUGGGGCAACCCAGUCUGCCUCCAGAAGCUGCUGAAGAGGGUGAUGUCCAUGAGCUUUGGGAGGAAUCGGCCAAGAAACGGCGCAUGAGUCGAGAACCCACUUUGGACUCCAUCACUGAACAACCUGAAGAAGACGGUAAAAGUGGUAAAAAAAAAUCAGGACAGAAAGAGCUGAAGGCCUCAGAGAAAGUAGAGAUAAAAUCAGUAGAGGAGCAGGCCAUUGCAUCUAAGAAGCAGACAGAGUCUAAAUUGUACACCAGCUCUGAGGAUGAGUCAGUUCCUGGGGGUUCAACGCUUGUCUCCUACCUCAAGAAAAGCAGUGUGUCUACCGUUACAGCGUCCAAUGAGGCAGAGACUCUGACUACUGAGAGGUUCUUUGCACAUUUCCAGACGACAGAGCAGAAAUCAGGGCAGCAGACUAAAGUGGAAACAACCACAAUUCAGCAGACAGAUGCAAAACAGGUGUGUACAGGGGAGAGUAACAUCAUGGAGAUCAGUAAAGAGGAUGAGCCUGAACUCAGAGAGGCUGCCAUUAAGAUUCAAGCUGCCUUCAAGGGCUUCAAAGCCCGCAGGGACAUGCGCCCUGUCUUUAAAGAGGUCUUUAAAGACCAGACCAAAGAACCUAAUGGCACCAUACAUCUAGAAUGUGUUGUAGAAGGUAAACCUGAAAAGGUGCGGUGGUUAAAGGAUGGAGAACCACUGACCGAUGGCAAGCACCACCAUAUUGAUAUCUACAAUGAUGGUAAUUGCUCACUGGUCAUCCCUGCCAUUACCACAAAGGACACUGGGGUUUACAUUUGUGAGGUCACUAACAAGUUUGGAGUUACUUCUCAUAGUGGUAAGGUCACAGUAGGAACAGCAAGAGAAUCAUCUGGGCGACGGCCAUUGACCGUGGGCUACAGUGCCGACAGUGAGCCUGAUAGCUCCUCAGGAAGUGAGAUGGAUGAGUCAUUAAGGCAGGCAAGCAGACGUCUCCGGCGCCUGUUGCGCACACGCCUCCCACCAGAUGUUGAGGAAGAACCAUUUCUCAGCGCAGAUGAGGGAGACCUUGGUCCUCCCGAUCCUCACUCUUAUCGGGAGGACGACAGUUUCAUCUACAUUCGCUUUGACUCAAAGGCAGAGGCUGUGGUUGCCUCAAAGAGGUUCCAGGAGAUGUUUACAAUCAGUGGGGUUCCUGUGGAGACCACAAUCCUGGAGGCAGGGCCGCUUAAAGUGGAACUACGAAUUAGAAAGAUGGGCUACACGCAAGAUGGUACACAGACCCCCACACAAGAUAGACAGCCUCCUGCCUUUAUGGCUGGAGCCCCCGCUGCCCCAGUUUUCUUGACAGAGCUACAAAGUCAGGAUGUUCCAGACGGUUAUCCAGUCAGCUUUGACUGUGUUGUAAUUGGCAAGCCCCCUCCAACCAUUCGCUGGUAUAAGGACGGAAAAUUGCUGGAGGAGAAUGACCAUUAUAUGAUCAAUGAAGACCAGGAGGGCUGCCACCAACUCAUCAUUACCACUGUGCUGCCCACUGACAUGGGUGUCUAUCGUUGCACAGCUGAAAACAGUAGCGGCAUUGCAGCUACUAAGGCUGAACUCAGGGUUGACAUGUCUUGCAGCUCAGAUUAUGACACUGCUGCUGAUGCCACUGAGACAUCUUCCUAUGUCAGUGCCAAGGGCUACAUGUCCAGGGAAACUGAGACAUUUGAGUCGGUGGCUGAAGAUGAUCAGCUACCACAAGUCGUGGAUGAGCUUCAUGAUGUUCAUGUCAGUCCAGGUUCACCUAUUGCUAAGAUGCAGCUCAAAAUAAAGGGCUUCCCCAAACCCAGAGUAUACUGGUUCAAAGAUGGCCACCCUCUGCGACCUUCAAAAAGGAUUCUGUUGCUAGCACAGAGAGAUGUUCAUGGAGUGGAGAUCCUGGAGGUGAAGAAAGAAGAUAUGGGAGAGUACUCUGCUUACAUCAGCAACGUAGCUGGUUCUGCUUACUCCUCUGCCCGCCUGAUAGUUCUGAAUCCAGGGGAGAUGAUGCCACAAGAUAAACGAGACCCCAAGGUGCCUCUGGUGCCACCCCGCUUCAUUGAAAGGUUCAGCAACAGAAAGGUGAAACAAGGAGCCAGCAUCACUCUUUCUGUCAAAGUAGAAGGAUCUCCUCCUCCUAUGGUCUCCUGGCUAAAAGAGGAAUCAAUGGAAGAUGUCCUGUGGAUCAAGCCGGAUACUAAGGGAUACAAAAUAGCAAGCUCUGGGCGCCAGCACAGCCUCAUCUUGAUGGACGUGGGCACAGAAUACACUGGCACAUACACCUGCAUUGCCACAAAUAGAGCAGGACAAUCCAUCUGCACUGCCCACCUUGAGGUCGAUGACAUACCACAACCAAAAAAAGAGACCAAAGCCUCAGAGGUUCUUGGAAUUACAGUUAGUCCUCCUGAAGAGGAAGCUGGCAGAGGAAAAGAGGGUAAAAUGCCUUACCUAGGUGAAGUAGGUACAGAGGAAUUCCUCAUGAAACUCACCUCCCAGAUCACUGAAAUGGUAUCAGCAAAGAUUACCCAAGACAGUUUACAGAAUCAGGAAGUGCUCCAGUGGAUGAAAUCUUGGCCCAAAACUACCACUUCAUUACGCGUACCAGGUGUCGACAGUGAUGAUGAGACCAAGACUCCUUCUCCAUCACCUCAUCAUGGUCGCUCUCGUCCUCCCUCUCUCAUUGCUGACUCUUCAUCUGAGUCUGAUGAGGGGGAUGCCAGGGGAGAGAUGUUUGACAUCUAUGUGGCAACGGCUGACUACAACCCCACCAAAGCAAGCAAAGAAUCCAUCUCUCUAAAGGAGGGACAGUAUGUGGAAGUUUUGGACUCAGCUCAUCCACUCAAAUGGUUAGUCAGGACCAAACCCACCAAAACCACACCAUCCCGCCAAGGUUGGGUCUCACCUGCCUACCUGGACAAGAAACUCAAACUCUCUGCUGAUACGAGUGACCUUCCAGAGACAAGUGUAGAGGAGGUGUCUGAGGGUGAAUACAAGAGGAAAUUAUUCCAACUGAUCCAAGACCUGAUAAAUGGUGAAUCACAGUUUGUAAAAGAAGUAGACUUCUUUACAUCCCAUCACAUGAAGCACGCAGACAGCCCUGAUGCACCGCCUGAUGUCAGCAGCCAAAAGGAAGCCAUAUUCAGGAACAUUGAUGAUAUCAAGUCCUUCCAUAGCAAGGCAUUCCUCCCAAAGUUGAACGACUGUGACACAGAUGACGAUGUAGCCAUGUGCUUCCUGAAGAACAAGGACGGCUUCGAGAAGUACCUCCAGUAUCUUGUUGGUCAGAGUCAAGCUGAAUCUGCUGUCAGUGACAAGGCUGUUCACAGCUUCUUUAAGGAGUACACAGAGAAAGUACAAGCCAGUGCAGACCCUGCAGAUCCCCCUGUACGCAGCAUCAACGCCAGCCUCCAACAACCACUGGAGAGGAUUCAGAAGUACAAGGCCAUCCUCAAGGAGCUCAUCCGAAACAAGGCAAAAAAUGGCCAGAACUGCUGCCUACUGGAAGAAGCUUAUGCCAUGGUGUCUGCACUCCCUCAGCGCUCUGAGAAUACCCAUCAUAUAUCCAUGAUCGAGAACUAUCCUGCCACACUGGAAGUAUUAGGAGAGCCAAUGAGACAGGGACCCUUCCAAGUGUGGGAAGGGGCUCCAGGAAUUAGGACGUCCUCUAGAGGUCACCACCGGCACGUCUUCCUGUUUAAGAACUACUGUAUAAUCUGCAAACCGAAGAGAGACAGCAACACUAAUACACAAGCAUAUGUCUUUAAGAACAUGAUGAAGUUGAAUAACAUUGAUGUGAAUGAGACAGUGGAGGGUGACGACCGUGCCUUUGAGAUCUGGCAUGAACGCGAGGACUCUGUGAGGAAAUAUACCUUGCAGGCCCGAACUGUUAACAUCAAGAACUCGUGGCUGAGAGACUUUAGAGAACUGCAGCAGCGAUACAGCAUGCCUGCAUGGAGUCCUCCUGACUUUGAUGAAAUUCUGGCAAACUGCACAGCAGAGCUGGGGCAGACUGUUAAGCUGGCCUGCAAAGCCACUGGAGUACCCAAACCUGCCAUCACUUGGUAUAAGGAUGGACGUACGGUGGAGGCAGAUCCUCAUCACAUCAUCAUUGAGGACCCUGAUGGUUCCUGCACACUGAUCUUGGAUAACAUGACAGCAGAUGACUCCGGACAGUAUAUGUGCUUUGCCUCAAGCUCGGCUGGCAAUGCCAGCACUCUUGGCAAGAUCACUGUACAGGUGCCUCCUCGUUUUGUGAAUAAAAUGAGGAAUGCUACAUUUGUUGCUGGUGAGGAUGCUCAGUUCACCUGUGUCAUACAGAGCGCCCCCAACCCCAAGAUCAGGUGGUUCAAGGAUGGCAGGCUGCUGACUGACCAGGAAAAGUAUCAGACCUACAGCGAGCUCCGCAGUGGGGUUCUGGUCUUGGUAAUAAAAAACCUGACAGAGAGAGACCUGGGACACUAUGAGUGCGAGUUGUCCAACCGUCUGGGCAGUGCCAAGUGUGCUGCUGAUUUAGUUCCACCCUCUGCUGUGGCUCGCACUGGUGAGCAGGCCAUCACUAUUGAAGUUACUGAGCAGGAGACUAGAAUACCAAAGAAAACCAUCAUCAUUGAGGAGACUAUAACCACUGUGGUGAAGAACCCACGUAUGAGGAGACACAAGUCCCCUGGCUUGACUGUUGCUGGAGCCCACCGCUCGGAGACCUCCACCCCAGAGUCCCCCACAGCCAGGCCGAGGAGGAUGCCGACUCCAAGAAAGACCACCAUCCCAACCCUCUAUGUUACUGAGCCCCAAGGUGCUGGAGCCAGGGCCAUGGAGAGCAAGCCCAGGUGGGUUGAGGUAGAGGAGGUCAUUGAGUAUAAGGUCAAUAAAUCUCCCAGGCUGCCCAGGAGGAGAGGUAUCUCACCGGCAGGGUCUGAUCGUGCAACCACUCCUUCAAGACCCAAAAGGUCUCCGCCGGAAAACCCAAACGCUAACAAUUCCAACAACAAGCUGGUAGAGCAGGCCCAGCUGCAGGGAGACGUCAGUAGCCAGCCGCUCUCCUGGGAUGAAGAGGAGGGCAAUGUUUCCUCUGAUUCUGUCUCUGGAGUCACUGGAGAGCCACAUGAGCUCUCAUCUGUCCUCACUCCAGCUAGAGAGGACAGCGAGGACCCGGAUGAUGAACAAACAAUCAUCUUUGAACCCGAUGAUGAAGAUGAUGAUGACCACAACUCACUUGGAAAGCAGGAGCCUAAGAUUCUGACACAAGGAGGCCGUGUUCUGACCCUUGAAGACUUGGAGGAUUACGUCCCAGAAGAAGGAGAGACUUACGGUUCCUCCAGCACACACAGCCCUGCUGCGGAAAAGCCCUGUGAGAUCUCUGUGCUCCAGAGGGAGAUCGGCGGGUCCACAGUUGGACAGCCGGUGCUCCUCAAUGUGGGGCGGCCUGUCGUGGUCCCGAGGCAGAGGAGCGGCUUCUUCAGCCGCUUCAGGGAUCAUCUCUCCAGCAACCUUUUCUCAUCUGCAGUCCCCCAAGCCAGCGAAGCCCAGUCCAGGACGGAAAGGCAUGUCCCCAUCCAAGUGAGUCACGCAAAACUGGAAGUGAAGCCUUCAUACUGCUCAGAGGUGCAGAGAGUUGAGGGUGGGCAGCGGAGCUUUAAAACUAAAGUGUCAACUCAGACCUACGGCUACACGUCAGUGGGCAACCCAGUCACUCUUCAAAUUAGUGAUAACCUUUAUCAGAACCAAUAGUAACAACUACCAAAGUAUAGUUUAAUGUGGUACCACAAACCCUCUUAGUCUUAAAUGGGGACAUUUCUACUUACAUGAUAAAUAAGACAUAUCCUAACCUGAAGUAUAUUUACUGCAUUUGACAAACCAUUCCAUUUUGAAGCUGCCUUUCAGAAAAUAGGCUCGUCCUCUGAGUCUUUUUCUUGACAAAUGGUUAUAGUCAGAUGGCCUCUUUAGAUUAAGCGAGUUGGAAAAUAUAGGCAUAAAUAUGUCACUGUAAGCAUGUAUUAGUCCCAACCUGGUCUGUUAUACUUGCUUUAUGACAUAUGGAGUAUGUGUUGUACAAUAUACAUGGGGGACAGUAAAAAAAAGGAAAUUAAGGUUUGACAUUUUACUAAAGAACAAUUUUGUCAUCUUUUGUUGAGCUAAAUUCUAUUUAAAAAAAAUUACAUCAUGUUUCAACUCAACACACCUUCACAAAAUCAUGAACCUUGACCCACCAAUAUUAACUGAUCCAGGCAUUAUCCUCAGUGAUGACCUCUGCUAUAUACACAAACAAAUAUUUAUACAGUAUAUUUAGGUAUAUUUAUUUUUUCGGUUACACUUUUGUACCUUUUUAGAAAUGUUACCUUUGGCACUUUAGCAGUGCUAUAGAUUCCUGGCGCAGCAAAUGCUGGAGCUGGAAUGACUAUUAGUGAUAUCAUGUUUCUAGUUCAGAAUUUGCUAUGAGUUCAUUUAAAUAUGCAACAGUUCUGAUAUACAAUUAACAACAGAACUUUGGGGAUUGUUGUGGUCCAUGGGCUGUUUAAGUUUCAUCAAAGACGUGCGGUCAAAAUACAGCCAGUUUGGCAAAAUCACAGAUUGGUUCUCUACUACUUUGGUUGUUUGUGAAUAAUUUGUUGGUGAGCAGCUUGAACAAACAUGGCCUUUCUACAAGCAAAGAAUGUGGAAAGUGAACCUGUUUCACAUCCGAUCUCUGUGUUUGACUGAAUUUUUAUCAUUUAUUAUUGUUGUGAAAGAUGUUUUUACCUUUAAUUGAAUGUUAUGCUUAGCUUUAUAGACAUUUUUGUGGAUGUUAAUGCAGUGAAAUCACCUGUGAAUUCACAGGAUCUCACAGGGUCAGUCAUAUGUUAGUGAUGUUUAGAUGAGUGACUGCAUGUAUUUGCUUUUCCAAGGCAGUGUGUUUAUCCAGUGUAACCACAUCUGUAAUGUUGUAUUUGAUUGCAAGCAAAUGUUUGUGCAAAGUACUUGAGCUCACAGAAUUUACUACCUUUUCAAUUUUAAACGUGACUACAGUUUAGUAACUGCUUACUUAAAGAUUUGUGGUGUUUGUGUUGUUUUUAAAGGUUGUUUAGUCAGUUACAAGGAUCAUGUUAUGUAUUAAUAUUAAAGCACUAACCGAUUGUAAUUGCUUGUACUGUACAUGUGUAGUUUUUGGGAAACAUGGUUGAGUACUAAGUGUUAAUAAAUAGAUGUACUGCAAAUAAUAA